AAUAGCAUCCAGUGACUCUACUUCGAAUAUGCUUCGAAUACAUUUUUGACAUUCCGUUUGACAUUUUCGACAUUCCGUUUGACAUUUUUGACAAAAUCAUCACCUGGUCUCAUCCAAACACCUUCUGACCGGAGUGAUCGCGCCAAUAAUGCAUACCGACCUGUCGCCCCAUUUGCACACAGAAAAGUGCAACGAGCUCAUCCAACUGUUGCAAGAAUGCCACAGGGAGCACCCGUUCCGGAAGUUCUUCGGCAUCUGCAACUCCGAGGACCAUCUGAUGACGAGAUGCAUGAAGGAGGAGAGGUUGGCGAGGAGAGCGAAGAAUUUCGAGGAGUCCAAGAGGAUAAAGAAGAGGUUGCGGCAGUUGGACCGACAAGAAAUUGAGUAGAACAAGUAUUAUUAUCGUAUUAAUGUAUUGAAAUAUGAAAAUGAUGUAAUGAUGGUGUCACAAUACUGAAAUAAAAAUU